UUCGCACAGUGUUAUACCGAGGCUGAUGGAGCGCGGAGCCUGACAGCGGGGAAAUCCCUCGCAGUGUAUCGUCCCCGUGAUGUUAGCUCAGUAAAUAUCCCUGUGCGCUGGGAACGCCGAUCUUUACCUGUGAAUACUUCCCUUAUCAAUAUAGGACCAAACCUCUCGUCGGACGGGAGUUGCUUUCUGAGUCAGUUGUCAGUUAUGACCCGAACGCAGUCUGUAUAUCUACCCACACAGAAGGCGAAGCAGGUAGACAAUCCUGUCUUGUGAGCAGACGACACAUUACAUAUAUUGGAUGGUACUUCGGAAUGAUGACAAACCCGGGGAAGACACACUGUGUUUUACGGACGCCGGUUAAACCGAAUUGGAUACAAACUGUACUGUGGGGAGUCGUGGCCGCGAUUGUUGGAUUUAAUUCAGUGGCAUGUCUGACCUGCACGUCCAGUGACCUGAUGAGUAUCCAGGAACCCUGUCGGGCGGAGAACGAUGAACUCGUUAAACACAUCGGGACCAACCAUAGCAGCCAGUUGUGCAACGCUUUGCACAAACUGUGGUUCUGCGUGGCCAAGAACGUGCCCCGUUGUUUCCACAACAUGACCGCCAUCCACCAGGCGUUCACCCACUCGCCCCACAACUGCCGCAUGGGCAGGGAUGACUUCCUGAAGAUACAGGAGAUCAUCAGAGAGAACGAGAAGAAUGGGGGUACCUCCCCGACGCCCACCACCACCGCCACCCCAUCACCCCCACCUAAAGGGGGUAACGAGGACGACCCUGGCUACACCGUGGGGCACCAGGGAGGACAACCCAACAGUGGGGGUUCUGUGGUGAAGAGCUGUGAUCACGUGACAUAUUUGCUGCUGAGCUUGCUAAUAUUGGUGCAUACACUUCCGGUAACACUUCCGGUGCUAUAACUAUCCGUGGAUAUACUUUGAAUGUCUUCAGGAUAUGGUCUGACUGUUGGAUUUGGAGAAAACAUGAACAGGACCUCAUUACGUGUAUGUUCCAUACGACCGGACAUUUACUUUGGUGGUUUAUUUUGCAACUGACCAAUUGCCAUGUCGGAGGUGUGUCCUUGACCUAAAGGUCAACACAAGAACUGUCUGGCUUUGCGACUUCAGCCUUGAGUAAUUUAAUAUCGCUUUUCAUUCGUGUGUUAAUCAAACAGACUCAGUCACGAUUGUGUAAUUAGAUUAUCUAUCAUUUCAUACAUAUCACUCAGUUAUCAGGGUGGGGUCAAAUAUACCUGACGUAAACCAACGUUUACACAUUUUGGCAUGCAAAAGAAUGUUAUUAGCAUUUCUCAUGAAUUAAUCGAGUUUCCUAGCCUUGUUUAAACAUUCCUUUGUAGACCUCGUGCGAAAAACGUUCAAGCUGAUGUCGACAACUUGUAACAAAGUUUUUUUUCACGUUUUUCUCUCUCACUGACAAAUCAUUCAACCCUUAGAGAGGGUACUAAACAUCUCGCGCCUAUAAAACCAUGGGAUCAGCCAUGAUCAUGAAGACCUUUAUAAAGAAAGUAAAAAGCCUCCGGCGCUGUAAAAUCUGCUCGUGAUAUACAUUUCUGCUACAACCAUCAAAAGGUUUUAAAUAAAGCUGGAUAACAUUUGCAGAUGUGCACAUGGUAGUGUUGCGCCUGUGUGUCUUCACCAGGAAGUGAAACGGCUUACGAAAACUGGAACUUUUUCUCUUCAUUUCUUACCAUAUUAUAUCUUAAUUCUGUUGGGACCUUAUUGACUCACCCAGUAGAGAGCUCCACCCUGUUUCAGUUCGAGGUCAUUUUGUUUACUAACAUUGUAAUUCCAGAUUGAUUGGGGACCAAUUAACAAAUGUAUGUUUGCAAGGGUUAAUAUAUAUGCGUGUGUAUGCAUGAAUGCAGUAACGUACUAUGUCGUAAUUGCCAAUAUAUUCAUGUUUUGUUUUCAUAUGUUUAUGAUUGUUACCAAACAGAUGUAUUAUUUAUACUAAGAACUGUUCGAUUAAGCUAUGCUUGGUGUGAAUUAAUUCAACUAAAACAAUUAUCACUUACAUAAAAUCAAACGCACAAUUUUAAGGGGAUCCGAGAAUAUAAUGCUUAUAUAAUAUGAACACAACAGAAAUGCUUUGAUUGUACUGCAGAAAGUGUAUCGAGGUAUCAAAGUCAUUUGAUCGGGGACGGAAUUCCUUUUUGGACGAUAAGAUUUGAUUACAAUCGCCCCUGCUUAUGAAUAUGGGAAGGGUUUUGUCGCUUUGAUUGUGUAACCACAGUGGAGAUGAAAGAGGUUGGUUGGUUGGUUUGUUGUUUAACGCCGCACUCAGCAAUAUUCCAGCUAUAUGACGGCGCUCUGUAAAUAAUUGGGUCUGGACCAGACAAUCCAGUGAUUGAUAUCAUGAACAUCGAUCCUCGCAAUGUGGGAUCGAUGACAUGCAUCAACCAAGUCAGCGAGCCUGACCACCCGAUCCCGUUAGUCGCCUUUUACGACACGCAUAGUCGCGUUUUACGGCAAGCAUGGGUUGCUGAAGAUCUAUUCUACCCCGGAUCUUCACGGGUCGGAGAUGAAAGCGGACUCAAAUACAGGAGUUCAAAACAGUAACAGUUAUCAAGAGAAAGGUUACUGGCUUUGUAGAGAAUAUGGAAUGAUAUAUCAUAUCAGAAAUGUAUUUUUUUUUGUUGCAGAUAGGUAAAGAACAUGUUGAGUUACUUCUAAAUAUUUAGAAUACCUGUACGCAUUGAAAAUCCCUUUUGCUUGAUCCAACCUGUUCAUUCUGGGCAGUCAGAUUAAAGAGUGGCCGGCGUAACACAUGCUUUGAGUGUUGAAAUUGCUAAUUUAAUAUUUUAUGUUCCUUCACCGUCUACGUGUUGAACAUCACGGUGGUCAUGAUGAUGAAGAUGUUGAGGAUGAUUAUUAUGAUGAUGAACAAAUGAAGACAAUGGGCGCUUAUCAUAUGGCACGCAGUGAAUUUCCCAGUUACUGGUACUUCGUCUGUAUAUAAUUGAGUACAAAGUAUGUGCCGCCCAUUAAGGAUAUAUAUAUAUAUAUAUCUCGUUAGAUUGUUUAAAUGCUUUGUGGUAUAUUUUUGUAUAUUUUGUUUGUCAAUUAACCGUUAUUAUUGGACCUGACGAUGUAAUUCAUUCGUAAAAUUCUGGUUUUAUAUGAAUAUUAUGGUAAACCAGCCAAUUUGCACAAAUGCUUUCACCAUGUUUCAUUUGGUAUACUUAUGUAUUGUUGUAUUGAUUUAUUCAAGACGUUGAUUACGCAAAUGUACGUAGUUUAAGCUGCUCCUGUACUGAAACACAAAAGAAGAGUCACAAUCAGUGUUAAAGGGGGGCUCUGCCCGACGGCCUUGCGUCCAUUUCAAAUUCUAGGUCUGUUGACAUUGUUCACAUUGUCUGCGUGAUUUAGGCCAUCUUUAGCUGCAUUUUUAUAUACAACAUUACAUUUGAGUUAGCAGACAAAUACAGCGGGGUUUGAUAUACAUGAUUGCCAUAAAGAACGAGGGUUUUGAGUAAAUGAAAAGUGACAAAAUUAAAAAAAGGUUGGUAUAACUGCUAUUUGGCCCGGGCAUAGUCGCCUUUCCCCCCUGAUACACUUACAUAGCUCUAGCAAUUCACGUCCCAUGGCAUUAAGUGAUCGACUAUUUGGUAUUCUGGGGGAGGGGCCUCGGAUUUUAUUCGAAACCUGGAGGAAAAGGUCUUACCCAAGAUAACAUUCUCGCUGGACAUGGUCGAUGUUGUGAAAUAUAAUAUGUUACUGGCCCAAAACAAAGUCUUUGGCUUGUCCUUUCAGAAUGAAUCUUUUUCAAACAGAAAUCCCAUCCCCAGAAUAUUACAUGGGACGUACAAACAGACUGGUGAAAACGUUUAGAUGUAAGGAACACUUGAUUGUUCGUCAUGUCAUGACCAAAUCCCACCGAGAAAGCUGAUGUCUACUACUCCUUAGCAACUUUAAUGUGUGUUGAUACACACCCAGCUUUAUUAUCUUCCUGUUUCUUUUGAGUGUCAGUUCGUUUCUGCCUGCCUUCAACCACGACGGUACACCACUACUUUUGCAACAAUCGCAGCCCCGUGAGAAAAUGCAAUCUCUGCUUGUCGAACUUCCUCAGUAAUGAUUUUCAAACAUUGUUUUGCCGCGAUCCUGAUUUUGUUCAGUAGUACCUAUACCUGCUGAUCGUAAAUGGUUGUGAACUUGUAGGUCUACACAUUAUCUACCUUUGUUGUUUGUGCUCUGGUAUGUACAAUUUUGCUAGAAACCUUCGCCUCUUGGAGGCUGCUGGUGUAUAUUUGUUCAUGGUGGAAGGGUAUUUGUAGAUAGAACAUAUUGUUCACAAGUCACGACUAACAUUUGUGGUAUACAAGUUUGUGACCGGUUCAUUGAUAAUGUUCACGACUACCCUACGCCCAGUAAUCCACCUUCAGAGUUGGUCAGUUUACGUCCAUGUCCAUAUCAAAAGUAACAUGACAAUAGUCACAAUCAACUACAAGAUAUCUGAAAAAAGUAUUUUCCAAUCAGAAAAGUUGCCCCAGUUGCCAUAGGCAACCACUAAGGAAAUCAAUCAUAUUAAAGUUGAACAGAUCAAGUAUAUUUUCAAAUGCGUAUAUUAACUGGUGUUAGAAAGACAUCGUGAAAAUGUAAUCCAUGAACCUGUCGCAGAACAGAAGGCAUAUGACUUACCUCCCCUUACGUCCCAUCCUGGCGGCAAGUGAUGGAACUAGGUGUAGGGCUGCGUCAAUCGGUGACGUGUGACAAACACCUCAACUGCGGAGUUGUACAAUUUAUGAGAAUCACAGUUCGGCCUGUGUCCGUGUACAUGUACAUUUUGUGAGUGUUUAUCUACUAAUGUAGAUAUGAACCAUCCUCGGUGUCUUGGGUUGAUAUAUUCAUAUCUGUUUCCAAAUCUCUUGGAUAUCGGGCAACGCAACCUUGAUUUAAUUGUAUGCUAUAUGAUAUUUGUUACGUACCAUCAGCGGAUUAAUCGAUAGCCCUUGUUUGUGUGAAUUAUCGUCCAUUGGCAUGUUAAUGUUUAAGUGGUGUCAGGAACGUCUGUGUCAAGAGUGUAAUCACUUAUCCGACAAUGGCAAAACCUGGGUAUUUGCACUAGAUAGUAAAUUAACCUUGAACACCGAGGAUGGGUAUAAAGUUAAGGGUUGUACAAAUUGUGAUUGUAUAACCAGACUUCGUUCUCGACAUCGGUGUGCUUGAGACAACAGCUAUGAGUUGUAUUUGUUUCCUCACGAUUAAAUUUAUUUUUUACAGUUGACAAGAAUCAAUAAAAUCAGAAUUUGCA